AUGCUGCUUUGGAUUGUUCUGCUGAAUGCGGCUCUUUGUGUUGCUAGUGGAAAUGUUACAAGGGACGUUUGUAAGGAGCAGAUAUGCUCUUGCAACGAGGUAGAGGGAGAUCUGCACAUAGACUGCGAAAAAAGGAGCUUCACCACUCUGCAGCAUUUGACUGGCCCCAGCUCGCAGUUCUACCACUUGCUCCUGCACGGAAAUUCGCUAUCCAGGCUAUUUCCCAACGAGUUCGCCAACUUUUACAAUGCAGUGAGCUUGCAUUUGGAAAACAAUGGCUUGCACGACAUUGUCCCCGGCGCCUUUCUGGGCUUGCAGCUGGUGAAAAGGCUGCACAUCAAUAACAAUAAGAUCCGAUCAUUCAGGAAGAGUACGUUUCUGGGGUUAGACGACUUGGAAUAUCUACAAGCUGAUUUUAAUCUAUUGAGGGAUAUUGACCCCGCCGUUUUCAGGGACCUAAAUAAACUUGAAGUGUUAAUACUUAACGACAACCUCAUCAGCGCGCUACCUAUAAACGUGUUUCAACAUGUGCCCAUUACGCAUCUCGACCUGCGGGGAAACCGAAUCAAAACGUUGCCUUAUGAAGGGAUCCUUGAGCAAAUACCGGGCAUUGCGGAGGUUUUGUUGGAGGACAACCCGUGGGACUGUAACUGCGACCUGGUUUCUCUUAAGGAAUGGCUGGAGAACAUACCGCAUAACGCGCUCAUUGGGAGGGUGAUAUGCGAGGCUCCCACCAGGCUGCAAGGGAGCGACCUGAACGAGACGUCAGAAGCGGAUCUGUGCCCUUCACAGAGCGGCGGCGUGGACACCAGCCUGGUCGCCCCUCCCACCCAGGAGGAGACCUCGGAGCUCCACGGCCCUCGUCCCACGCCUUACAAGCCCCGCGGAGACGCCGCCGGGCCCCCGACGCCUGGCGGCCACGGCUCCAAGAGCCACUCCAAAUCUCGUGAGAACUGGCAGCUGAAAACCAAGCCCACUCCGGUGGUGACAGGUGUGAACGGGGACAGGGAGCAGCUGCACAACAUGACGUGCCCCCAGCCCUGCAACUGCAAGCUGGUCGGCUCCAGACAAGGGCUGGGGGUCAACUGUGAGGGCAAAAAGAUCGAGAGCCUGUCCAACCUCAAACCCAAGCCCUUGGCGGCGCACGAACUGAACAUGAGAGACAACAACAUCCACGCAGUGAAAAAGAACCAGCUGCUCGGCUACUCGAGCCUCAACCUGCUUGAUCUGGGCGGGAACAACAUCAAGGUGAUCGACAACAGCACGUUCCAAAACCAGAGCGAGCUCAGGUGGCUGUACAUGGAUAAGAACUACCUGGAUACACUGAUAGCAGAGAUGUUCGUGGGCCUUGUGAAUCUGGAAUAUCUCAGUUUGGAAUACAACGACAUCCAGCUGAUAGUGGCAGGUGCGUUCGGCCCCAUGCCAAACCUGAGGGUUCUGUUCCUCAACAACAACUUGCUGAAAUCUUUACCCGUGGAUGCUUUCCUUGGGAUUUCUUUAUCCAAAAUCAGCCUGCAUAAUAAUUAUUUCCCCUAUCUCCCCGUGGCUGGCGUCUUAGACCAGCUCAACUCAAUCAUACAGAUCGAUUUGCACGGGAACCCGUGGGAUUGCUCGUGCAACAUCGUGCCCUUCAAGCAGUGGACGGAGAAACUCGGGGCCGACGUGAUCGUGAGCGAUCUCAAGUGCGAGUCCCCGGAAGAGUUCUGGAAACGCGAUUUCCGAUACGUGCGGAACGACCUCAUGUGCCCCAAACUGUACGACAGAGUACCCCCCACGCCCCUGUCCAAAAACAGCACUUUCACCCUGGACUCGGGGACGCGCUCGAACUCCUACUUGGAGCCGAACAGGGUCUCCAUCUCGGUGCUCGUCCCCGGGCUGCUGCUGGUGUUUGUCACGUCUGCGUUCACCGUGGUGGGAAUGCUUGUGUUUAUUUUGCGGAAUCGCAAGCGGUCAAAGCGGAGGGAUGGGAACUCCUCCGCCUCGGAGAUCAAUUCCUUACAGACAGUGUGUGACUCGUCUUAUUGGCACAGCGGGCCUUAUCACGCAGAUGGGGGCGCGCACCGGGGCUUCGACUGCAGCACGCACCUCUCCACGACAAACGAUGCGUAA